CGACAUGCUAAACCUGCUUCAAUUACAAGACAGUUAAAUUCAAAAGACAGUAUAAUAUUUGUUGAUGGAUGAGGUGACAGUUAAAGUCCUCUUACUCGGGGAUGAUAAAGUAGGGAAAACCACAUUUUUAUCGCGAAUUAGUCGUGGUAGUAAUGGCCUCGAAGGUCAUGCUACGAUCACACUCUUACGAGACAUAGACCAGCCCUUCAUUUUCGAAAUACGGAAUCGCAGACGCACAUAUCGUCUUGAAUUUUACGAUACAUCCUGUCCUGAAGAUUGGCGGCUACUUAAACCAGACUUAGUCUUGAUUUGCUAUGAUAUCAGCCAGAGACUGAGUCUCAUCAAUAUGCAGAGACUCUGGAUUAAACAAGUCCACAGCACCUUCCAAACAAGCGACAGUCUCCCAAUCAUGGUCGUUGGCCUCAAGAGAGACUUAAGGUCCGAGACUGAUCCAAACGGAAUCAUAUACCCUCAAGAAGGAUACAAAGUGUCGCAAGAGAUGAGGGUAGAUAAGUAUGUCGAGUGUUCAGCCGUCACGGGUGAGCUUCUUAAGCUUGCCUUCGAAGAGAUCUGUAAUACCGCGGCGAAGACAGUGACUGCUGAAGGCGGGCAAAGCGAAGGCGGAUGUGUAAUAUCGUAAAGUCCGAAAUUGAUCUCAUACUCCAAUCAUUUCUGGUCCUUGAAGAUAACGAGGGGCGCCAUGUCGAAUGUCACCACUUGUGGUAUGACGGAUAUGUUCGAUCACCUAAAUGGAUCGCCCAAAGUCUUUGAAGUCCCAAUUUCCUUCUAUUCUCAGCGAUUUGAUUAUGAAU